GAGUAUUUUAUACGAAUUAUUCUUGGGAUAUAUGGUGCCAAGAGGAUUCACAUCAGAGAUGGUUUGCAAAUACAUCAUGGGUGUAGCCCACAUGGCUUGAACUCAUGGAAAGAACCGUACGUUAGAAAGGCAUGUUACCAUUCCCUGCUUCUUAGAUGGACUGGUAGAUGGCUAAUGAUUGGUGCUAUCUGGGACUUACUUUCCGGAAUCCUCGUAUGUGGUUAACGUUCGUGCACGUCGUCCUUAGACGGCCCCCCAAAGCAUAGAGAGGACAAUAUAUCUGUCUCGCGAGGGGAGAGAGAGAGAGAGAGAGAGAGAGAGAGAGAUGAAUCGUUUUUCAAGCGAGAAACAGUACGAUCUCAGGAAAGGUGCAUGGACUGCGGAAGAAGAUGAUCUCUUGAGGAAACACAUUGAGAAGUAUGGAGAAGGGAAGUGGCGUCAAGUGCCACUUGGGGCAGGGCUUAAACGAUGUCGUAAAAGCUGUAGGCUGAGAUGGUUGAACUAUCUCCGUCCAAACAUCAAGAGAGGAGUCUUUGAUGAAGACGAAGUGGACCUUAUCAUCAGGCUUCAUAAGCUCUUAGGCAAUAGGUGGUCCCUAAUCGCGGGCAGGCUUCCAGGCAGGACUAGCAAUGAUAUCAAGAACUACUGGAACUCCCACUUGAGUAAAGCGCUUGCUUCCCGGACUGCCCGGGAGGGAGCUAGCACGAGCACCACAAGCACCACGCGCACCCAAGCUAUCAAGCCUCAGCCUCGGACCUUCUCCAUCGAUUCAAGGUGGUUGUCAGGAGUAAGAACUUCUGCGGACCGUCAGCCACAGGAUGAACUUAGCAAGUCACCAAUGGGGUCGCAUCAAGAGGAGCCUAUUCUUUGGUUGGAAAGCAUCCUAGCUGAGGAGGGAAUGGAGAAUGAGUUCUCGACGUUGGGAUUCAGGAAAGGAGAAGAAUCCCCGGCAGACUUUGGUACCGAAGGCAUGGUGAGGAUGAGGAUGGAAGGGGAAGAUGGGGCGGCGGAAGAGGGAGGGUGCUAUUGGGAUGACUUGCUUUUGGACGUGGACCCUUGGUGGCAGUCGGACACAUUAAGAGCCUGUUUGGAUACUAUCUAA